AUGACCUCGUCGAAGCGCUGGCCGGCGCCCAUCCAAGUCUUCUCCUACCGCGCCCUGCUCGUGGUGCCCAUCAUCCUCGCCAUCGCGACCUUCGCGUCGCUCUUCCUCCACUCCGAUGUCAACGUCGCCCUCCUCUACUCGCAAUGCGAUGCUUACGCACGCCUACCGGCCGUCAGCAAGGUUCCGGUUCUCGGCCCGCCCGUCUGCUUCGCCAUAAGCUUCUUCCAGAGCGCGCUCGACUCCAUGCGGACCUUCGCCAGCAUGUCCGCCGUCCUGUCCUUCAUCGCCGGUCUCAUGACUGUUACCACCAUUGAAGCCGCACGCGUUUGCAACGCGCCCAACGUCGUCAUUGCGAAUCCCACGGGCCCCUGGCUGGUAUUCAAUCUCAUCGGCGGGGCAGUGGUCUGGCAACUCGUCAUCCUGCCUGCCUUCUUCCACCGCGAACGAACCAUCCUCCUUGCUCGGAAGAAGGCCGGACAGGGGGCCGUUGAGAACGCCGCAUCCAAAGACCCCGACUUUGGAAAGGACUCGCGCCAUCUUGUUGUCGACGCGGAGAUCAUCGCUAUUCCCGUCAGUGUUGCGUGGGGCUUCAUCCUGCCGUCACUCUUGAUGCUCAUCUACAACUCCCCCUUCAUCAUCGUCAUCUGGCUCUUCUUCCCCGUCUGGGUGUCACUUAUCCGCCAAGCCGUGCGAUGGAUCGUCUUACGUCUGCAGAAGCGUCAGCACCGUAGCUUCCAUCUCGAGUCCCACACGGUCUCGCUUCUGCUCGUUUACCUCGUCCCCAUCCUUUGCUCGGUAGUGUCUCACGUCUAUUUCAUCUGGAGUCUGUUCCAGUGGGAUGACAGGAAAGAGAUGACGCGUGCUACUGUCAAAUUUGUCGAGAUUGACAUGUUCUUCAUUAGCUUGACUGUAUUGUACUGGCUGUUCGUCGAGACUGGCUGGAAGGUGCCCUUGGUUGCAGUGCUUGGCGCCAUCCCACUCGGCCCGGGUGCUGGGAUUUGUAUCGCAUGGAUAUACCGAGAUACCGAGAUUCGUGAGAGUCUCAAGCAGUGGCUUCAUGAUGUUAUUGGGAAUCAGGAAGAAGCCAGUGAGGAGGGCAGAGCUCCAACUAACGAAGAGACACCGCUCUUGCGUUGA